AUGAUGGUAUGUACCCAGCAGCGUAAGCCGCCGCGAGUCGGUCGCACCAAAACAGGGGACCUCCGCCUCUCGACCCUUCAGACAGCUUUGCGCUGGGGCGAUAACGUGACCAAUAUGGCUCUGCCGAGGUGCGUUUAUUGCUGGUUGAAAACUUUUCCCAAUUGCCCGCGAUGGACUCUGAAACACGAGUUCCAUACGCAAUUUUUGAACGGCCCGAGGGGCCAGAAUGACUAAACUUGGUAUGAAGAAAUAUUAAUAUGAGUUCUUCUUUCGAAUUUUUUCAGUCUGAAAAUUCUUUCUUGGGAGUUUCCUGGAGGCGAUGAACUCGGAUUCGGCUCGAAAUACCGCUUUGUUAAAAUUAUUUUUUUAAGGUAUUAUUCUUCAGUUUGUAGACCUAGAGAAAGGAAUAUUUAUAUUUGUUCAAGAGAGCUCAAUUUUUUCCCUUCAAGUGAGAAUUUCUGGCGCUCUAAAUAGAAUCUAGAAACAAUGAAAAAUACUGUAAAUUGAAAAUGCCUAGUGAGUACUGUAUUCGAAACCUGGUACCAAAAACUGAAAUUUGAAAAGGGGUAUAUUCAAAAAAUCAAAAAGUUACGAAAAAGGGCGCAGAUCGGAGAACGAUUGAAAGCAGAGGCAAGCAGGAGAACGCCAUAAAAAAGUCUCGUUUUUUUUCUCUCAACUGUUCCACUCUGAAAGUUAUUUUUUAUUAUACAAGGUACUGUAAAAGGCACACGUAAAUUGAUGUCAGAAGUCGUCGAGUUGCAAAGGGGAAAACAAAUAAAUUAUGUAUUUUACGAGAUAGUUUUGAACUCUUCAAGUUCUCCAAUGAUAAAAUUUGAAUUUAGAAAUUGGUUUUUUUGAAGGGUUAUAUCUUAUAAGACUUGGCGUUUCAAAGGCCCAAAAAUAAGUCAAGAGAAAAUAAAUGAACACCAAAAUUCUGCAAAUGCGCUCUGGCGAACCAUUUUCUUAUUUCGCUUUUUCCAUGAUUCUCAUGAGACCGUAACUCUCUGAAUUGCUUCUGCUGUAGACUUCUAAUGGGAAAAUAAACUGAAAUUAAAAAAAUAAAAAAAAUUCGAUGAAUUUUUUUCAUUUUUCAAAAAGUCUGUUGAUUCUCAAAACCGGCUAUCUUAAGCUUUCCAUUGAUCAAAACAAUGAUAAUUUGCAGUUUUAAAAACAGAAAAACUAAUUUAAAGCGGGUAACCAAAAGCGAAGCCAUUUUAAAUAACUCCUAGACCUCAAAAAAGCUCAAAAAACUCUCCCGUGAAAAAAAAUUCUCGAAACUUUGAAUCUACGUUCUUCGAUCAGACUAUCUUACAGUAACCUUGUGCUAUCAUUUCUUCUUUUUUUUUUGACCAGAGAAUGACAUCACUCGGAAAGAAAAAGGGCGGAGAGAGAAGGAAAGAGAAGUUAAAUUCGUGGGUAACCUUUUGGUCUCUUGACGAAUGAGAAGACAGAUUAGAAAAGCAAAAGAAAUGUCUCAAAGAUCGAUCAGAGAAAUGGAAAAAAGAAAAUUUUUCAGCGGAUCUGGACAUUCGAUAUUCGAGGAUGUCAACCACUUGAAAAUGCUCAAAAAAGGCAAGCCAAGUUAGUCUGCUCGCAUUUUUCAAAGUAGGUUUCCGAUUAAAAAAACUUUCCUUCUUUGAUAAAAAAAUAAAGUCAUCGAAAAAAAAUAAAAAAAAUAAAGAGAAAAAAAGCCAAAUUUUUUUGAACAAACUGGAAAAAUUUUUCAAAACUAGUCGCUUUUUUUAAAAAUUAUUCGUAGAUAUACAUGGGCAGACCGAACUUCGAUGCCGCCGACCCCUUUCCGUUCCAGAAAAUUUCUUAUUAUCAACCUCUUUCUCUGACUGACACGUUCGGAUUUUUCCAUGUAUGUUUAUAAAGAGCAGAAACAUUCAUAAACCAUUUAUGACCAGACUUUCAGGCUUCAUUUUUUUUUCCAACUGUUCUACCGAUCUUUACAAGACCCUUUACUUUCAAAAAGGACCGAUCUUCCUAUUUUGAUGACUGAAGAGCUGUCCGUGAUUCAACUACCCAUAUAAUCGAUUAUCUUUGGCCCCGGCGUCCCUUAUCAAUGUUUUGGACCAGCUGCGCGAAACAAGGCUGGGCUUAGUUUAGCAUUUAUUUUAUGAUCUUCUGAGCGUUUCUUGUUUUUUUUCUAUAAAUGGAAAAUUGCAGAAUGUUUGCCUCUGAUCGUAAACUAUUUUUCGAGAGAGUUCUCGAUGUUCGACAAGAUGAAAGGGACAAAUGCCGGUUUUUCUCCGAUUUGCUGUUUUUUGAACUCAAUUUUUCUUACAGAUCAUUUCCACCUUACCUAAACGGCUCCUUGAUCACAAAUCCAAGAUUAUUUGGUGGUCAAGCCGUUUCUCAAUCAUAUCUAGCGGCGAAGAAAUUUCUGGAGAAAGAUGGUCUUUUUCCUGUCUCUAUGGAAUUUUUAUUCAUUUAUCCAGGUUUUUUGUAAUUAAAAAGUCUUUGUCGAGGGAAACAGAUUCGCAUUUAAAAAAAAUUUUGAAACUAGCAAACGGAAUUUUUUUUUAUGCGGGCGUUUUUUUUACCACUUUUAGAGUCGGACAUCGUUAACGUAACAGCCCUUCUCAUUGAAAUGAAGAACUAAUUUCGGAUUCGUAACGUAUUUUUUGCAGGAUUCGUCGACGUCGAACUAGAAUUCGUGGUUGAAAAUCGGUUAUCGAACAUCCUUCGCCUUUCCAUCGUACAAAAGAGCAAAACAAUCGCCACAGCGAUAGUGAAGGUAUACACAUCCUUCUUUUUAUCAAAACUAUUUUAUAGUUUGUCUGGAGCGGAUUCAGCAAAAUUUUAAGAUCUGUUGACAUUUUCUUGACAAGUUUCAUAGCUCCAAACAAGAUUGCGAAAACUUCAAAACUUGAUAAGGUUUUGAAAAGGCAGUGGUCGCGUUUGGAAUGACUCGAAGCGUUGCGGUCGCGUCGCGGUUAAAAGCCAAGCCUUGAAUUUUUUUCGAAAUUCAAGUUUAGAGGAACUUCCUUGCAACUUUUUUUCGGUUUUGAUUUCAAUAAGCAUUGCUUUUUUGCAGAUAACCUUCAAAAAAACGCUGAAAACGAAGCUCUUGUUCUUGAGACUUUCCUUAAAAUUUUCUGAUUUAAGUGCCAGAUUAUUUGAACAAAAAAAAAUGAACUUUUCUCGGCAUUAAACAUUUCAGUGCGCCCCAUCAGCCUAUCAAACAACGUCUUCGUAUGAAGCAGAAGUGACCGAAUUUUCGGACCCCGAAAAUUGCGAAGAAAUCCCGGCGUACUUGGUAGCAAAGCGGGACAAAUACGGGACAAAAUGUGAUACCGAAAUGGCGGCGAGUGAUGUCGAAACACGGCUUAUUGAGUACUCAACAUCGCCGAGUAAAGAGGAAAAUCGAGUCGUGUUCUGGGCCAGAAUUCCUGAACAGUUUCAUCGUCAGUUUCCUUCAUCUCUUUCCAUUAUUUCCUAAAUUUGGAUCCAUACACUCAUUUUUCUUCAGGAUUUUUGCUCAAAAUGAAAGCAUCCAACUUUUGUUUAAUUUUAAAUUUGAAUCAUUCCUUAACCAGUUUCUUGACCUACAGUAGCCCAUAAUUUUUCGUAAAAGCAGCAAAAAUAUGAAAUAAAAUAUUGAAAACGUAGACGCCAACUCUGACAAAGAUGGAAUCGGAUUUGCUGUUUUUCUAACCGAUUAUUUUAUUCUACAACCUAUGGCUGUGAGUUUCAUCAAAUUAAAAAUAUUCGAGGUUAAUAAAUUCAGAAAUGCUUGAACAAUCUUGGAUUACGCUUGACGAACGCGACAUCUUUACAACAUUCCGUCCGAAUCUUUCAAAAUUCAGAAAAGGUAAGUAUGAUUUUAACUUCUUUUCAAGGUUUUUGGGGAAAGAAAGAAAAAAAAAUGGAAGAGAAAAUGAGAAAAAUCACAACAGACUCGUCCACGUUCAAAUUAAUUUUUUUUUUCUCCUGAAUCCAUUUCUUUAGAUUGGGACUCGGAAUCCAAACUUCUCAAGCAUUCUGCUUUCGGGUCAUUUUGAGUUAAUCGUCGUAAAGCUGAAAAAUAAAAUCUACAAACAGGACUUGGAGUCCCGAAAAAAACUUUUAAAUGAAAUUUCUGACCGAGGGACGUAAGAAGCAGGAAGAUUAGUUUAUUUUCCUUUGCAAAAAAAUUACCAACUUGAUAUGACGUAUUCCAGGCGACUCAAUGGUUUCUAGUUCGAUUCGACCUCGAAGUAGUCACUGAAGGGAGAGUUUUUCUCAAGGCGGCCGUUUUUGACGAGAAAAAAAGAUUGAUUGCCGCUGCUCGACAAGAAAUGUUCUGCAAAUGGGUGGAUUUGAAAAAAAUUAAAAGAGCUAAAAUUUAA